UUACAGUAUAUAUAGAUAUUAAUCUUCGGUAAAAAAAACUAAAUAAGAAAUAAAUAGUAUAAACUAACAAACCUUCAAUUUUAAAAGUCGAUUUAUACCAACCAGCAUAGACAACGCUAUAACGAUGUUUGCAAAUCUAUGUAAAGUUUUUUUAUGUGUGUUCCAUUUUAGCAAAGCAUUGGAAUGUUACCGGUGUGACAAUGGGAAAACCGAAGCAGAUUGCCAACAGACGACCCUAUGCAGCAUCGACCAAAACAUGUGUUAUACGGAGGUACGGAACACAUGGGACGGCGAAGUGUCAAUCAUGAAGUCGUGUUACCAGGAUCUUGCGUGUCAAACCCUUGUAUCGCAAAACGGCCACAAUUGUCCCAACGUUUGCGCCAUUUGUUGCUCCGGUGAUCUUUGCAAUACCAGAGGACCCGAGUUUUGCUCGUGUGAAAUAUUGACAACUACAACAAUUGCUACCACACCACCACCAACAACAACAACAGAAACAACAAGAACAACAACAACAACAGCAAAAACAACAACGUUAAAUACAGCUAGGCCAACAACACGAACGACUUCCUCAGCUACCAACCCAAUGACAACUGAAAUACAAAACACAACACAAGCUGAAUUGGAAACAACUACAGCAGCACGUAUAACUGAUACAACGCAAGAUGCGUGCACUGAACUUAAAGAUAUUCCGUUGGCAUCUACUAAGCUUUUAUGCGAUGAAGGCAACUUUACAUCAUGCAUGUCGUCCAACCAUUCCCCGAUCAUAGUGCUUGACAAUGAUGAAUAUACAAUCAACCACAAACCGUCAACUACUUAUAACUGCCGGAAGUUACAAUCAGACACAACAGUAAACUUGGGAACAACCAGCAGCUCAAUGACUUUAUCUUGCGUUAAAUUGCAUCCAUCUGCUUCUACUACAACAGUUGUUAAUCUUGAACCAAGUCAACCAAACUACGAGGGAAACUUAACCAUUUACUGCGACUUUGAAGAUAUUUUUAGCGACUCUUUAAUAGAAGCACUGCCUAACCCUUGCAACCCAACCUAUAUACGAUGUUUCGUGAUUUUCUACCCGGCAUCACUGCCAGGAUUUACACCAACCGAAGCCACGCAAAGUUCCGAAGUCACUCAAACUAUCGAAGUCACCCAAGCGGUCAAAGACGUUCUGUCGUCGUCCUCGCAAGGUGUCGCUGUGUGGCUGAUCAUCGUCAUAGCAAUAGCUUGCACAAUAGCAGUUGUUGUAUCGUUCGUGUUCUUGUACAAAGCGACCUCAAGCCCACAACCUAGCUGUCUCAUGCGCCUGUCGAGCAAGGGCGAACAUCCAGUAUUUGAAGAAGAAGGUAAAUCAUCGAAACAAUCACUUCGACUUCAAUUGAAAACAUUAGACUUAUUCAAGCCACCAUGCAAUAACAACAACCGUGUUGGAAUAUCACCUGAUGCGGUCACAACAUUUGUUGAACAACCAGCACAAUACAUGGAGCCCUACCCUGAAGAAGACUGGUUGAAACGAUGGCCUUACUAUCUACAAAUACAGCGCGCACUUUCAAAAUGCGAACUCAGAAAAACUCUAUAAAAAUGCAGUUAUAAUAAUGACAAUUCUGAGCCAUUUUUAUAAAAGAGGCAUAAUUUUGAAGUACUACUGUGAUUUCACAUUCUGAUUAAAC